ACGAUGCAGCAGUCCCAUCAAAACCUCCAGGUCCUCCUCCAGCAGCCGGACCACUGGUAUACCUGUAGUAUCACCUACGACGCUUGGAUUUAAAAAAAAAAGAAAGAAAAAAGAAUAAGUGGGGUCAAAUCAAUCAAAUAUGAUCGAAGCCACUAGGAAUCUGAAAGCCGGUGCGACAUAGCCGACAACUGGGAGCAGACGCAUAUUGUUCAGGACAAAAGGGGGGUCUUGCUUGAAAUUACGAUGCAUCUCACAGCGGUGGUCUUAAUUCUGGUCGUGACAGGCAUCGCCAAAGGUUGGGAAUGCAGCGCAGGGUGCAACACAGAAAAUGGAUUUUGUGAGAAGCCAGGGAAGUGCAGGUGCAAACCAGGGUGGCAAGGAGAGAACUGUGACCAGUGUGUGUCCUUCCCUGGCUGUUUACACGGCACAUGUGAGAGGGCAUGGCAGUGUAUCUGCGAGGAGGGCUGGGUGGGCAGCCUGUGUGACCAAGAUACUCGCCUGUGCUCAUCCAGGCCUUGUGCUGGUAAUGCCACCUGCGUUGAGACAGGAGAGGGAGGAUACCUGUGCAUCUGCCCCCAUGGCUACACGGGUGAAAACUGCCACCUGAAGAGAGGACUUUGCCUCACAAAUGGCUCUCCUUGUCAGAACGGAGGCACCUGUAUGGAUACUGAUGGCUCAGCAGCACACUCUUCUUGUAUAUGUCCCCCUGGAUUUUCUGGAGAUUUCUGUGAGAUAAGCAUUGACAGCUGCCAGCCUAACCCGUGCCUCAACGGUGGCAACUGUACAAAUCAUGGCCUGGCCUUCACAUGUGUCUGUCCGCACGGAUUCACUGGUUUCACUUGUAAUGACAGCACUAGCCUCUCUCCCUGCGCUGGCAGGCCCUGCGCCAAUAGUGGCACGUGUGUUGGUCAACCUGAUGGAACCUUCCGGUGCGUUUGCCAGAAAUGGUUUACAGGUCCCACAUGUUCCCUGCAGCACAAGCCGAAGGCCAGGUCCAGGCCGGUUGGCGCAAGGCCUGUGGACCACAGAGUGUUCGCGCUGACUCCGCAGCACUACUCCCUCCCUGCUCACACCUUCCACAAGCUUCUCAGACCGCCUGAGAGAGAUCUGCUUAAGAUCACCCUAAAGGAGACAGUCCACUCGUCCGGUGUCCUUGUCACCCAUGGUCAGCUCGUCUGCUUCGGCAUGCUGGCCCUGAUCACCUGCCUGGUCAUCCUGGGCACAACAGGCAUUGUGUUUUUUGGCCGCUGUGAGACAUGGCUGGCUAAUGCCAAGUACAGCCAGCUUGUUCGGCAGCAAAGGGAACACCUGCUGAGAGAAGCCGGCGCCACGAGCCAGGAAGAGCCGGAGCACUCAGUAAAUAUCAUCCUGCCGGAGAAGAUUAGACUCACCAGCUUUGGGAGAAACUACACCUCCAUCUGAUUAAAUCGUCUCUCCCUAUUCCCCUCUCCCUCUGGAAGGAGUUUAACCCCUUGAUGCCUGAAUUUAUUUACAAUUAAAAAAAAAAGAAAAACAUUAUGUAUGUUGCAAAUUAGCGACAACAGGCAUAAACGAGAAACCAGUGCUUGCAAAAGGUUCCCAGGUAUGUAUUGAAUAUGCGCAGACAGGUAUUGGGGAAAUACAUGUGCUAUCUCAGCUGCAGUCUGAAAGGGAGAGGUGUGAUGCGAAUUUGCGACAAUCGGCAUUAAGGGGUUAAAAUGAAUGUCUAAAAAUAGCAGGAAGGAAAUACUAUGACUGUUGUACAGUUCUGUUAAUAAAGUCAGACAUGCUGGACUACACUGGAGUAUAUAUGAAUGUAUAGUUCACUGGACUAAGUGGACAACUGUGACCCUGGAUUGUAAAUAUAAUUUUAAUCAUACUGUUGGAAAAACUACCCAUUAAAAAUGUGUUCAAUUAUAAAAGAUGUUCAACUAAAAAGCAUUUUGAAGGCUGCUAAAAAGA